CUAACUGAUGAGAACAGAAUGAAAGAUUCUCAUUUAAUGUGGGAGUUUCUUAAGGAGAUUUUUUUUGUCUGUUUGCGGUUAAGCUUCUCAGCUGUCACUUAGGACACUUUAAAUGUUUGCAGAAUAUAGAGUACCAAAGUGUGACGUCAUUUCAAACCGGGAAUUGUGUUGCAAACAAAUGGAGAACGCGCGUCUGUUGGUUCCCAGGCUGAAUCACGUGCUAAUGCCUUUUACGCACAUACUUUUGUGCGUGAUGUACAUGUAUUUACUUCGGUGCUCUCUACAUACAGUCGGCACAAUUUGCAAUUUCACUAGCUGAUGAGAACUCACCAAUGCCAUAGCACAGUUAUCAGAAAUUCAUAUUGAGGAAGGAAUCUCGCCCUAUGAUGUGCCACGCUCUUAAAAACCGCCAAGAAUCUUGUCUGGGUUGUCGUCCUAUAUGUUUAAUUGGGAAACAACCAAAGCAUGCAUCAGGUUUUUCUCGACAAGCUGUUGCAAGGUGACAAUCAGUUGAUCACAUAGCAAGAAUCUUCACAUGAAACUUUGCAAGAAUCUUGUCUCAAGUGAUUGUUUUUGCCGCAUUUAAUUGGGAAACGAGGAGGCCAUGUGACAGGCUUUUGCAGAAAACUGUAGCAAGAUGAUUGGUUGAAGUUAGACCUCGGUCAAGCAAGGUAACUGUUCUUGCUCACGCACACCAACCAGCUUUUCAUCAGUGUCUGUACCAAUACCGUAAGGUCAGUUGAACUAAGUAUUGACAAAAACAAGUUAGAUGAAGUCAGUGCAUGAGCAGUAUAUGCAGCAGGCCUAAUGCUGCCUCUAGCUUUUAGCACUUGAUGAGCCACAUCGGAGAUGCCGAAACUUUCAUCUCUGCCCAAACUGAGAGGUUCGAUUGUCUAAGUAAUUUGUUGCAGCAGCGCAAAGACUUUAAAGUCUACUAUUAAACUUCAUGACUCGGUUCAAUUGUGCAGCUACUUGAAUGCUACAUAGACUAAAGCAUACAACAACUGAGUUUUUGAUCUUUGAAGAGUGUACAAGAUGCAGUAGGUUAUUACCGGUAGUAUGAACUCACACCCCUCUGCAUUUGCAGCUUCUUGUAACUGAAAGAUCAUCAUAAUGGCUCCCGCUGAGAAUGCAAUGGAAGUCGUUGUGCCGGUUACUCCUAUGGAAGAAGAAUUCAACGUUACAGAUACUGACAAAGCCUCGGCCUACUUGCCAUAUGGUGUAAUAACUACGGUCGUCAUUUGUGUGUAUGGUGUCAACUUUAUUCUAAUUAUGACCAUCAACCCAGUGUGCUUGUUUGUCAUCCGACGAAUGGCCAACAUGCAACCAACAACGAAGAAUUUCAUGACAUCGCUUCUGGUCAGCAAAAUGGGCUUCGGCAUAUUCGUGUUGAUCCCAUCCAUAAUAAGGACAUAUGUUGUAUUUGCAGAAGGCAGUUUUUGGUGGAUCCUUUUUUUCAUUUGUGAUGUCGUCUUCAACUGGCAAAGUUUCCUGUCAUUGCUAAUUUUGACUGUUGAUCGGUACCUGGCCGUUGCCUGGUGUCUGCACUACCCUCGCUUGAUGACCAUCCGAAGAUCAAGGAUUAUUAUCUGUAUCAGCUGGGCAGUUGGUCUGAUAUUUGGACUUGCAUUUUUCUUCAGUACCGGUACCUCUUUGCAUGUUUACACAAUACAAAACUUCAUCUUGAUAACAAUCAUCUUCAUCGGAAUUGCCUUAAUUGUGACAUUGUACUUGCACAUUUUGGUGAUUGCUCGACGCCAGGCUCGGCGCAUUGCCCAGGACAACCAAGUCGUCGCGGGAAACAACGCACCGCAACGAGUCAGCACCAAGUCCUUCACCACAAUCUUCAUCAUCGUUACAGUCGUCUUACUUUGCUGGAUUCCCGUUUGUCUUUUCACUUUACUUUUUAACGUCCAAGUAUAUGUAUCUGUAGUUGUUUACUUUAGUUUCGGUGUUCUUUAUGUUGCCACUAACUGGAUCGAUGCAGUCCUCUUUUGUGCGAGAAACAAAGAGUUUCAAGAGACUUUGCGCAAACUGGCUCUCGCCUGUCACAGUGGUCUGAAGCAAAAGUGGAAUCGCACUUGAAAUCCCCAAUGAAUACUCAU